CAAGACACAAACAUUUCUUUCAUUUGACAAAGAUAGUGUAAUACAUUUAAGCAUCAAAGAUGACUUCAUUCGUGUCAGUGUCAGCUAGGAACAAGGUCACAAAGCUUAAGGGUAUUGUGAUUCUUAAGCAAAACAAAGAUGCUGCUGAUCCUUCCAUCCCAGGCCGUUCUGUGGCUCUCAGAUUGAUUAGUGAUUCCACGGUUGAUGGAAAUGGAAAAGGAAAAGUGGGAGAGCGAACAUAUUUGGGAAGUCUUAUUGCCUCGGAUGAAACCCAAUUUCAUUUCAAUAUUACGUUUGAAUGGGACACUGAAAAGUUGGGAGCUCCAUCCCCAGGGGCUUUUUUUAUCGAGAAUUUUAAUCAAAGUGAACUCUUCCUUGUGAGUUUGACCCUUAAUGAUGUUCCAAAUCAUGGAACCAUCAACUUUAACUGCAACUCAUGGAUUUACAAUGCUAAAAACUAUCACUCUGAGCGCAUCUUCUUUACCAACAAGACAUACCUUCUAAGUGAAACACCAGCUCCAUUAGUCUACUACAGACAAGAAGAGUUGAAGACUUUAAGAGGAGAUGGAACGGGUGAGCGCAAAGAAUGGGAUAGGAUCUAUGACUACGAUGUCUACAAUGAUUUGGGUGAACCAGACAAAGAGGCUGGCUUGGGUCGUCCAGUUCUUGGGGGAUCAAGCACUUUGGAGGGAUCAGACGGUUUUCCUUACCCUCGAAGGGUAAGAUCUGGUAGAGAACCAAGUAAGAAAGAUCCAAAGACUGAGAGUCGGACUGGCAGAAUUUACAUUCCAAGAGAUGAAUUACUUCACACAGAUGAGAGUUUAAUAUUCAGUCAAGAGUUUAACACCUUUCAAGAUGUGUUGUCACUCUUCAAUAUUCAAAUUAACCAUGGUACUGAUAUACUAAGUAAAUUCAACAAAACAUCGAGGUCCAACGAACUUUCCCCAAUUAAUGCUAAAUCAGUGGCUAAAAGUUCAACGUAUCCAACACCACAAGUGAUUGCAGAGGAUUAUCAUGCAUGGAUGGCUGAUGAGGAAUUUGCAAGACAGAUGAUUGCUGGUGUGAAUCCGAAUGCCAUCGAAAAACUUCUGGAGCUUCCAAGAAAGAGCAAGUUAGAUAGUAAACUCUAUGGUGAUAAUACCAGCACAAUAACCAAAGAACACUUGGAGCCAAACAUGAAUGGGGUCACAGUAAAAGAGGCUAUCGAAGACAAUAGAUUGUACAUACUUGAUCACCACGAUGCAAUCUAUCCAUAUUUGAGGAAAGUAAAUGAAACUGAAGCAAAGACCUAUGCUGCUAGAACCAUUCUUUUUGUUAAAGAUGAUGGAACUUUGAAUCCAUUGGCCAUUGAGCUAAGUUUGCCACAUCCUAAUGGUGAUAGUUUUGGUUCUGUUAGUAAUGUUUACGUGCCCCCAAAUAAAGAUGCUAAAGAUGAUGAACCUUUAAUUUGGCUCCUUGCAAAGGCGUACGCUGUUGUAAAUGACUCAUGUUGUCACCAACUCGUCAGCCAUUGGUUGAAAACACAUGCUGUUGUUGAGCCAUUCGUCAUAGCAACAAAUAGGCAUCUUAGUGUGCUUCACCCUAUUCAUAAACUUUUAGUUCCACACUAUCGUGGCACGAUGACCAUAAAUGCACGAUCACGAAAUAUCUUGAUCAAUGCAGGGGGUAUUGUAGAGUCGACAUUUUUGUUUGAAAAAUACUGUAUGGAAAUGUCAGCUGUUGUUUACAAGGAUUGGGUUUUCGCUGAAGAAGGACUACCUACUGAUCUAAAAAAUAGAGGAAUGGCUGUUGACGAUGAUUCUUCCCCACAUGGUCUGCGUCUUCUGAUAGAGGAUUAUCCAUAUGCUUCAGAUGGACUAGAGAUAUGGGCUGCUAUUAAGCAUGGGUUGAUGAAUAUGUCAAUUUCUAUUACGAGUCAGAUAAAGAUGUUAAAGAUGAUGAGGAUCAAAGCAUUUUGGAAAGAACUUGUAGAAGUAGGUCAUGGUGACUUGAAGACUGAUAAGUGGGUUAAAUUGGAAACUCGUACAGAGUUGAUUGAAACUUGCACCACCCUCAUAUGGAUUGCUUCAGCACUUCAUGCAGCUGUUAAUUUUGGACAAUAUCAGUAUGGAGGGUACAUCCUUAACCGACCAACUAAAACCAUAAGAUUCAUGCCAGUGAAAGGAUCACAUGAGUUUAAGGAGCUCGCUAAGGACUACAUGAAGACAUAUUUGACGACAAUCACACCAAAGGUUGAAACCCUUGAAGUUAUGAAUACUAUGCUGGUAUUAUCCAUGCAUGAUCCUAAUGAGGAAUACCUUGGACAAAGAACUGAAGGUGAUCUUUGGACUUCUGAUCCAAAGCCAGUAGAAGCCUACAAAAAGUUUGCAAAGAAAUUGAUUGAAAUUGAGGAAGAGUUCAUUCAAAGGAACAAUAAUGAGUCAUUGAAAAACAGGUAUGGGCCUGUGAAGUUUCCAUACACUCUUCUUUAUCCUUCCAGUGGACCAGGAUUGACUGGCAGAGGGAUUCCCAACAGUGUCUCCAUCUAAAAAACACCAUGGUUGUUGUGUUGUUUGUUGCUUUGAAUAAAUGAUGAGAAGGUGUUGAACAUGUGUAUCAUCAGUUGUUACUUCCAGCUGCACUAUUUGACCAAGUCUCUAAGAGAAUUUGUUUUAAUAUUUCAGUUUUUAAUUAGCUAAUAAAGUAGUGGCUAAAGAUCAUGAGUUAGUUACUCAAUAUUUGUUUUUUAUUUAAGUUACAACUUUGUAUUUGACAACAGUUUUUUCAAUUCAAUAAUAUUUCAGUUUUUCCCUUCCUA